AAAUCGACAUGCAAACGCGGAUGCCCUCUCCCGAAUACCCCAGACCACAGAUAUUAUUAACGCAAUUCUUAGUACAGCUCCAGAGACAGACUGGCCCUCCCUACAAGCAGCAGAUCCAGACUUACAGAUUGUUUAUCAAAGACAGCUACAUGGAAAUAGUAAGCCAUCCAUGAGGGAGCUUAAAGAUCAAUCCGUAACAACUCGUCGUAUCUGCACCAAAUGGGGUAACUUCAAGCUAUAUGGUGACACAUUAUUCCUAAUGAAUGAAUCAAAACAACCCCUACUGAUAGUACCGCGAGUGAAAGUUGAGAGUAUUGGGGAACAGGUACACCGCGAACUUGGUCAUGCGGGAGAACGGAGAACUGAACACGCUGUCCGUCAACGCUUUUGGUGGCCUUCCAUACACGAAGAUGUAGCUCAGUUUACAAAACGGUCUUAUGAGUCAUCCUGUAAGUUCAGUGCGUGUAGGGCUUGCUCUUCUUCUUCUAAAGCGUUUAUUCUUGCUUGCCCUGCAAUAGAAGGAAAACAAAAUCUAUUAACAACAUCAUACAUGAUGAUUUUAAUCCCGUUACAACUUGGCUAGAUCACAUUUGGCAUUUUGAUUGAUGUCAAUUCGUGAUGGAAAGCCAAAAUCUAGUUCUUAACCCUAACGACCAACUGUUAACCGUGAUCUUUAUACCUGACACCAAUUUCUAACCAUCAUUUAAUCCUUAUAGGUAGGUGGAUAGUGUGAAGGUCGUUCUAGCGCUGCCUUAAGGUCACUUAAGUAGGAGUAAAGCGAAUGAACCUCUCAACUGAUCAGCCGUAUGAUUUCACAGAAGCAGCAGAAGAAAUAGAAGUUCUCUCUGCUAUAUAUGAAGAGGACUUUUUUGUCUUGGAGCCUGAGAACAAAGUCUACGAGAUAAGGAUCGACUCAAAAAUGGGUGAUACUACUAGCAAGGAACAAAUUAUCCUGAAAUUCCAGCAAGUCCCUGGCUAUCCUUCGAUCAAUCCAGUAAAAUAUGAGUUCGUAUUGUGAUGUUAUCAUCUAUGUUUUCAGAUUGCAUGCACCUUGGCUCAAGUGUAAUAUUCUUAAUGAACUCGACAAACAAUUGCAGCUUGUAGUCUCGUCUUCACUUGGCUCCCCAGUUGUUUAUUUGUUGGUUGAGACUGUUCGAUCAUUCAUGUGUAAUUAUUUGUCUUCGAGUACUGAAAAUCUAACCAUUCAUAAAGUUGAAGAAUCAUCAUCACAGUAUGUGCCGGAAAAUCACGAACUACCAAGUGCGGUUGUAUCGGUGCCUUCAGUAAAAUCUCAUCUUGACAUAUCUCCCCAAAUUUUGCCAUUUGCUUUAAAUUCAAAAGUACCAGAGAUUUAUCAUGGUGAACCGCUUAUAGAUCGUAAAAGCGUUUUCCAGGCUCACUGUGCACGUGUUUCCACCCGUGGUGAAGUAUCCCUUUUUAUAUCAACACUGCUUACGGAUAGAAAAGUUGCUACAGCUACUCAUAAUAUCCUAGCUUGGCGUAUCUCCUCCAAAGAAGCUGACUGUGACGAUGAUGGAGAAACACAUGCAGGUGGUCGACUAUUACAUUUACUUACAUUAUCAGGAAUUGAAAAUGUAGCGGUUAUGGUAAGUCGAUGGUAUGGUGGUAUCCAACUUGGACCUGAUCGAUUCAAACAUAUCAACAAUGUUGCUCGCCUUUUGUUAACUGAACAUAAAUUCUUAUCGAAUACCAGUGACGAAACUGUUUUUAAUUUAAUUAUUCUACAUUUAGUCCCAAUAAUUCUGUGCAAUACUACUACUACUACUACUACUACUACUACUACUACUACUACUACUACUACUACUACUACUACUACUACUACUACUACUACUACUACUACUACUACUACUACUACUACUACUACUACUACUACUACUACUACUACUACUACUACUACUACUACUACUACUACUACUACUACUACUACUACUACUACUACUACUACUACUACUACUACUACUACUACUACUACUACUACUACUACUACUACUACUACUACUACUACUACUACUACUACUACUACUACUACUACUACUACUACUACUACUACUACUACUACUACUACUACUACUACUACUACUACUACUACUACUACUACUACUACUACUACUACUACUACUACUACUACUACUACUACUACUACUACUACUACUACUACUACUACUACUACUACUACUACUACUACUACUACUACUACUACUACUACUACUACUACUACUACUACUACUACUACUACUACUACUACUACUACUACUACUACUACUACUACUACUACUACCAGUCAUAAUAAUAAUAAUAAUGACAAUAAUAGCAAUAUACGACUUCCUCAACCUUCUACGACUUACGGGCAUUGUUGUAAAUGA